AUGGCCGCCGAGCCAAGCAGGCUGCUAGGCCAAGGCAUGGGCAACAACUUGGAGGACGAAGACAGCGACGUGGAUGCCGAGCAUGAGGAGGACGUGGACAUGAUCCAGCCUGCCCCGUUCGUGAAGCCGAGCCAGGCCCCGCCGGAGGAUGAAGGCUCCGACCUGGAUGCCGAGGGCGAGGACAUUGACGCCGAAGGCGAGGAGGUGGACGACGACGAGGAUGCCGGCGAGCCGGUCGGGGCAGUCAAGCUGCAGGAAGGCGAUGACAUUGACGCCGAGGGCGAAGAAGACGACGAGGAAGCCGUGCUCGACGAGUCGUCGGACGAGUCCAACCGCAGCGACAGCGACGCCGAUGCUGAUGGUGAAAGUUACUCGGAGUCGGAGGGCGGAAAUGAAUGGGAGAACCAGAGUGAUACAGCGGAGGAGGGUGAUGCGGAGAUUGUGGACCCCAAUCGCUGCGUGUUCUGUGGUCAGGACGAGGAGCAUGACCCCAGCGAAGAGUUCGAAGAGUACCUCUCGUGCGCCGUGUGCGGGGACAACGCUCAUCGGCAAUGCGCUCGCCACGCUAGCUCCCUUAAGAUUGAUGAAGAUGCCGAGGAUUGGCGCUGCACGGCUUGCGUUGAGAAUGACCUCGAGGCCGACGAGGAAGAAGAUACUCCACGCCCGCCUGUGCGGCGGCGUUCUUCUGCUCAGAAGCUUACCAGAGACCUGCUGCCCGCUUCCCGCGGCGCCAACAAGCCUGACUCGCACUCUGUGUUCAACACGUUGAUCCACCCAGACGACCCUAUGGAUGGCUCUCGCUCGCUUCGCAAACGCAAGGCAGAGCCUGAGGAUCAGCCGCUGCCUGUGCGUUCGACUCGAAAGCGACGGCGCUCAUCUCAGACGCAAACACCUUCUGAGCCCGACGCCGAUGACUCUGACGCCUCGUCGCAGCCCGCAAUCCGCGUGGCUCCGCAACCAGUGGCAACCGACGAUGAAAAGGAAUCGGACGAGGAUGAGGGUCCCAACGCCAUUAGGUCAUCGCGCCGAACACGGCCAAGAAGGUCGGCAUCUCAGAAAGUCGACCAGCCCGGCGCCAUCAUCCUCAAAUCUACCAACAAGCAACUCAUCGUGGCAUUUACUAAUCUGGACACAUCCAAACUGCGGGAUGUGCUGAGUUCCACAGCGAAACAGAAGAAGCGGAGAGCUCGUGACCGGGCCAGACGAGCCGAACGUGCGGCCGCCGCCGCCGCUGAACCGGAGGUCUCUCAUUAUCCGGCUCUGCACAACAACUUCACCCAGUUCUUCGGCUUUGGGGAUCGCGAGAUGGACGAGUCGAAGUCCAAACCCUAUGGCGGCAUUCUGUCUGAAGCGGAAGCUGAUACAAGCAAAACUUUCCCCGGCGGCGCAGACCGCAAACGCUUCGAGGAUGCACGUCUCAAGGCAGAAGAAGACUGGAAGAAGAAGACGGCUCCGCUAGGCACGGCUAGUGAUCACAGUCGCAGCUCCAAGGUGUCGGGACCGCCGAGCAAAAUCAAAUGCAUCAACUUUGGGGGCUACGAAAUCGACACGUGGCACGCAGCACCCUAUCCAGAGGAGUACAGCCGGAACAAAGUCCUCUACAUUUGCGAGUUUUGCCUCAAGUACAUGAACUCCGACUACGUGGCCUGGAGGCACAAGCUCAAAUGUCCUGCAAAACACCCACCAGGGGACGAAAUCUACCGCGAUGGCCGAUUUUCGUUUUUCGAAGUCGACGGACGGAAGAACCCUGUCUACUGCCAGAAUCUCUGUCUCUUGGCAAAACUUUUCCUAGGGUCCAAGACGCUGUACUACGACGUUGAGCCCUUCUUGUUCUACGUCAUGACCGAGACAGACGACUAUGGGUGCCAUUUUGUCGGAUACUUUUCCAAGGAGAAACGACCAAGCAGUCUGAACAACGUGUCCUGUAUCCUGGUUCUGCCAAUCCACCAACGAAAGGGCUUCGGGCAUAUGCUGAUCGAAUUUUCUUACCUGCUCACGCGAGUGGAGAAAAAGACGGGCUCCCCCGAGAAACCACUUUCGGACAUGGGCCUCGUUUCCUAUCGAAGUUACUGGCGGCUCAUCCUUUGUUACCAGCUCAUGGACCAACGGGGCCCCAUCAGUAUCACAACUAUCUCGGAAAGGACAGGCAUGACGGCGGACGAUAUUGUAUCCGCGCUGGAAGGGUUGCGUGCUCUUGUGAGAGAUCCCGUCACCAAGAAAUACGCACUACGCCUGGAUUACGAUUACUUCCGUCACUAUAUCGACAAGUUCGAGGCCAAACAAUACCCCCAGAUCAAUGCCGAGUGUCUAGUUUGGACUCCUUACGUGAUGGGCCACAACAACCUGUCUCAUUACGAUGAUGGCCCGCCCCUGCAGACAGUUGCACAGCGCGAGGGCGAGGACGACGAAAAGGUUGCGCCAGAAGAAGGCGUGCAAAUGGCAGAGGCUGCCGAACAUCCGGAGACGAAUGGCCAUCAAUCAGACAACCAAAACGACGAGUUCGAGAUCAAGGACGACGUAGCUUCUACCGGCGAUGCACAAAGCCCGCAAAGACCAAAAACGCCAAAAGCAAAGUCUACCGGGUCCAUCAAGUCGAACCCUUCGACCCCACAGGCCAACGGCACGUCGCACCAGGGCUCAACGCCCGCCAAAAACAAUCCUGUUGCCGGCAUACCACCCACUCGCUUCGAAGUUUUCCCACCCAUCCCCGGCACGGCUGCGAAGAAGCGCGGACGGCCCUUCUCUUCCAGCAGCAGGCGUAACGCUACACCGGUUCGCAGCUCAACGAGAAGUGGCAAAACGCUCGGUGGUGGUAAGCUGGAGACACCACUCGCGGGACAUGGCAAACCGCUUUCCAUGCCCACCACUGUCCGCCGCACAAGAAGCAAGCUCGGAGAGAUUGUAGUCAACGGGCUUGAUAGUACCAACGACAGCCGGCAUGGGAGCGAGGAAAAGCCGGACAACGGAAGGAGUGUAAUCAAGGGGAAGGGAGUCGGCAAGACUCGGAGUAAUGGCUUUUCGAAUCGGAUCGAAGAUGACGAAGAUGACGAAGAUGGUGCAACGGCUGCGAGUGAAGAUGAGGAGAUGGGCAGAGGAAAGGGCAAGUCGGCCCCUUCAUUCGUUGAAGUCGGCGAGGAUCUCGAUGCCGACGGUGACAUCGACGCUAUCGGUGAAGACGAUCCCGAUGUCUGA